CCUUGGCGGAGACCGGAGGGAUGUUCCCGCCUCAGGAGGAGGCCGACAGGACGGUGUUUGUGGGGAAUUUAGAGGCCCGAGUUCGGGAAGAGAUUCUUUACGAGCUGUUCCUUCAGACAGCCGCAUCAUGACUAUGACCAGUUGAUUCCCUGGGCAGUUCCCUGUAUUUCAUACCAAGCGGACCUUUUGGAAACUUUUCGAGACUCCGGACCUCCAUGAGUAAGCCUCCUGUCUCCUGUAAACGCUCACCUUUGUAUACACCUGGGUGUCCCUUCGAAAGCGAUGGACCCCUCCAGCCAUUCAUCGAACCGUUACGUGGCAAACCCGAAGCUGGGCCAUUAACCAAAGUGACUAUAUGCAAAGACAGAGAAGGAAAACCGAAGACUUUUGGAUUUGUCUGCUUUAAACAUCCUGAAUCGGUGUCUUAUGCCAUAGCUUUGCUGAAUGGAAUUCGUUUAUAUGGAAGACCAAUUAAUGUACAGUAUCGAUUUGGGAGCUCUCGCUCUUCUGAACCAGCUAACCAAAGUUUUGAGAACUGUAUUAAGAUAAAUUCACACAGCUACAGAAAUGAAGAAGUUGUGGGCAGAGCUUCCUUUCCCAUGCAGUUCUUUCCAAUAAAUACUGCAGCUUUACCUCAAGGAUAUUUUUUCUUUCAGAAGAUGCAGUGGCCUGCGUAUAAUCCAGCCCUCCAGCUUCCUUACUAUGAGAUGGCAGCAUCACUUCCUAAUAGCACAGCUGCGUCGUCUUCGCUAAAUUGUGUUCCAGAUCUGGAGGCUGGACCCAGCUCUUAUGAACGGACUCACCAACAACCCAGUGACCCUGAUCUUUAUCAGACAAAUAAACGAAAGCGGCAAAAACAAACCAGUGACAGUGAUAGUAGCACAGAAAACAAGAGAGGAAAUGAAUAUAGCCAAAAGUUCCGAAAGUGUAAGAAAAAGAAAAGAUUUUAGCCUUAUGUUCAAGUGAAAUUUGUCUGCCCAGGUCUUCAUUUUCUUUAAAAAAAAAAAAAAAAAAAAAAAAAAAAAAAAACCUGUAUUCUUC